AUACCGACGAUUGUUUCCGAGAGCUUGCUUCCAAGACGGUGACCGGUCGACCAGACGACUCACUCUGCGAUUUGCGAUGGCUGACUCGAUGCCGGCGUCGCUUCCCUCGAUGCAGGCCCUCGCUGGCCUGGCGGCGCGUGUUGGCCAGUGCUACGCGGGCGCCCUCUCAGCCAAGGCUGCCUUUUUCUACCCGUCCAACGUCGUCGUGAUGCGGCAGACGUUUGAGGCGCCCUCGUCUUCGUCUUCGAAACGGGGCGUCGCGGGCGCUACGAGCGUGCCGUGGACGAUCCGAUGCGUGCCCGCGCUGCUCGACAAGGCUCGCGAAAAGGCAGCCAAGGGCAGCAGUGCUCCAGGCGGCCCGGCUGCCGCUGCCCCUGCCGCUGCCCCUGCCCCUGCCUCGUCGUCAUCAUCGUCAUCGCAGGGCGGCGGCACCAGCGGCCAGAAUCCAAAGGACGUCUUCUCGCCCCCGUACGACGACCGGCUGCUCGUGUCCGACGACCAGGCCACCCAUCGCGGCUACACGAUUCUCCUCAACAAGUUCUGCGUCGUGCCGCGGCAUUUCUUACUCGUCACGCGCGAUUUCGAGCCGCAGAGCCAGCCACCGGCGCCGGCGAUGCUCGCGCUGGCGUACAAGAUUGUGCAUGCGCACGCGAGGCUCGCCGACGCUGGCGCCACCGACGACGUCGGCCGCGGCAAGGAGCUGCUGGCGUUUUACAACUGCGGCAGCGUGAGUGGGGCCAGCCAGCCACACCAGCACCUCCAGUUUGCCGAGGUCGGCAACGAGGAGCGCGAGACGGACCAGGCGAAAGGAACGACCACGGCUGCGUACAGAUACAAGGUGCCGAUUGAGGCGCUCCUCGACCGCAUCGAGCACGACGGCAAGGAGCAGGACACGGUCCAUGCGCUGCCCCUGCCGUACCAGCACUUUGUCGUCCUCCUCGGACGCGGCCAGCAGCUCGUCGGGGCCGACGACGACGCGCAGCUGAGCGACUACCUGGGCAACAAGCUUCUCGGGCUCUUGGACGCCCUCUUCCAGGCGAGGAUCUCAGCAGCAGCAGCGGCGGCACAGGCAGCAGACGCGCCGCAACCGACAGAGAGAAGAGGGCCGCCGAGCUGGAACCUGCUCCUGACGACGCGGGCCAUGCACCUCGUGCCGCGGCAAAAGGAGGAAUUCGACGGCCUAAAGGAACCGAAGGCAGGACACGACGACGACGAGGCCGUCGGCUCGCUCAGCAUCAACUCGCUCGGCUACGCGGGCCACCUCCUCGUCAAGUCGGACCGCGAGCUCGCUGCGUUGCAGGCGUAUCCUGGCGGUGUAGAGGCCGUUCUGGCCAGCACGGGUGUUCCUCCCGUCGCAGAUGUCACUACUGCGUCUGGGCCGGGGCCUUGAUGAGACAGACAGACACAGUACAAUGGAUGAUUUGAUGGAUGAUACUCUACAUUUGCUGCGUGCUUGCCGUAAAGAACCGUCUUGAAUCUCUUUUGCUCUCCCUCUCUCUCCCUCUCUCUCCCUCUCUCUAAAUACCAAAUAGGAACCUGGUAUUCUCGCGCGCGUGCUCAGCCACCUCUGUGAGUGACACGCCCUUGACCUGAGCCACGACGGCAGCGACGAGGCCAAUCGCGCACGGCUCGUUGCGGCCCUUGAUCGUCUUUGUCGGCGCGUACUUUUCCUUCUUUGUGCUGGCGGGGCGGUAGAGCGCGAGCAGCUCCUUGUCGUCUGGAUGCUGGGAAAAGUAGGCCUCGAGGUGGGCUGAAGAGGCGUGUGUCGGUCGCAUGUCGC